UUUCUCCUGCACCAGGAGUUUCUCUUCCUCCACCUCCUCUUCAGUAUGGACUUCCCCGAGGCUCUCUUGACUUGGCCCCGCAUGCAUCACCUGUUCGCUGUGCUCUGUCUGGUCACUGUUGUUUAUAAACUCAGUCUCCUUUUGGCGAAGAGAAAAGCUGCGUUCAGAAACACCGAGUGUUUCCCUGGACCCCCGGGACACUGGCUGUUCGGACACGCUCUUCAGAUUAAACAAGACGGCACAGACUUUGACAGGAUGCUGGAGUGGGCAAAGCAGUACCCAUAUGCUUUCCCACUGUGGUUUGGUCCCUUAACUUGUUACGUCAAUAUUCACCACCCAGAUUAUGUAAAAACCAUUCUGACAUCAACAGAACCAAAAGAUGAUGUUGUGUUCAGGUUUAUCAAGCCUUGGAUUGGGGAUGGUUUAUUGGCGUCAAAGGGUCAGAAGUGGUCUCGCCACAGACGGCUCCUGACGCCAGCUUUCCAUUAUGAUGUCUUGAAACAAUACGUAAAAGUGAUGUCUGAUUCUACUAAAAUUAUGUUGGACAAAUGGGAAGUUUAUGGAGACACCAACAAGUCCUUUGAACUGUUUGAACCUGUGAACCUUAUGACACUGGACACCAUCCUGAAAUGUGCGUUCAGCCACAGCAGCAACUGUCAGACCGAGGGUGAAACAAAUGCGUACACCAAAGCCGUGUAUGAACUCACUGAUCUGGUCAUCCUGCGGUUUAGGACGUUUCCAUACCACAACGACCUCAAUUUCUACCUCAGCCCACACGGCUUUAGAUUCAGGAAAGCGUGCAGGAUUGCUCACAGUCAUACAAAGGCUGUAAUAAGAAAGAGAAAAGAAGCACGAAAGGAAGAGAAGGAGCUGGACCGGAUACAGGCCAAGAGAAACCUGGACUUCCUGGACAUCCUUCUCUGUGCAAGAGACGAGAAUCAGCAGGGUCUGUCAGAUGAAGACUUGCGAGCAGAAGUGGACACCUUCAUGUUCGCGGGCCAUGACACCACAAGCAGCGGCCUCGCUUUCAUCCUCUACUGUCUUUCCUGCAACCCAGAACACCAGCAGAUGUGCAGGGACGAGAUCACGGAGGUCCUGCAAGACAAGGACACCAUAGAGUGGGAUGAUCUUAAAAAAAUUCCAUACACAACAAUGUGCAUAAAAGAAUCCCUUCGUCUUUACCCCCCUGUCCCGCAAAUGGCCAGACAACUCACCAAACCCAUGACCUUUUGUGAUGGGAGGACUCUGCCUGAAGGUUGUCUUGUUGGAACAAGUGUCUAUGGGAUUCACAUGAAUGAAACCAUCUGGGAAAACCCUCAUGUCUUUGACCCACUGCGCUUCCUACCAGAGAAUGUCUCCAAAAGGCCACCUCACGCAUUCGUGCCUUUCUCAGUUGGGUCAAGAAAUUGCAUCGGUCAGAACUUCGCCAUGAACGAGAUGAAGGUGGUCACAGCCCUGACGCUGAGGAGAUAUCAGCUGAUAGAGGACCCCACUUACAAACCCAAACUAGUUUGCGGAGUGGUGCUGCGCUCACUCAAUGGCAUCUACAUUAAAAUCAAACCUGUAGUAUAG